AUGAAAACCAGGAAUAAAGCCGCCGCCGGUGCGACACCAUCAUCAUCAGCGAAGAAGAAGAAGAAAUCCCCGACGACGAAAGCCUCCGUCGAGACGAAGAAGAAGAAGGAGACAAAGAAGAGAAACGGUGAUGGUGGUAAAGAUGCGGGUAAAAAGGAAUCGAAAUUUGAUGCGCCGAUGAAAUCGUUGAAGCGCGCGAGGAAAGACGCGAUGUUACUCUCGCUGAAAACGCAAAAAGGAGAAGACAAAGAGGAGAAGAGCGAGGACGAGGACGAGUCAGAAGACGAGUCAGAUGACGAACCAGAACGGGGAUUCACGGACAAGAACAAAAGUUGGCUGAAACCUGUUUCAAAGAAAACGAAGAAGAAAGCGGCAUCUUCUUCUUCUUCUUCAGAGGAGGAGGAGGAGGAGGAGGAGGUGUCAGACGAAGAAGAAGAAGAAGAAGAAGAAGAAGAAGAAGGUAAAAAGAGCAAAAGAGGAGGAGGGAAGAAGAAACAGCAGCUCUUUGAUGAAGAGGAAGAAGAUGAUUCUGAAUCGGAUGUGGAUUUAGACGACGAUGAAUUCAUCGGCGGAGAAGACUCGGACGACUCGGAAUCAGAAUCAUCGGAGCCGGAAUCGGAAGACGAAGAGGACGAACUGCUUCCGAUUGAGCGCAAGUCGCGUAAAAUGGACGCAGAAAAAGCAAAGAAAACGUCCGAGUCGAGGUUAGAGCAAUUACAAGUGAACGUGAGGGACGAAGAAACGUAUCAACUUCCUUCCUCGUCUUCGUCGGAAUCAUCUGAUGAGGGCGACGACGACGACGACGACGACGACGACGACGAACGUCGAAAAAAAUCGACUUCGUCGACGAAAGGCAUUCCAGAUUUAACGUCCAUCCAACAGCGCAUUCAAGAAGUCGUUCGCGUGUUGGCCGACUUCAAAAACAGACGCGCGCCAGAUCGCUCUAGAAAUGAUUAUUUGGAGCGGCUGACGUCUGACUUAGCCACGUAUUACGGAUAUAAUCAUUUCUUGAUUCGUUAUUUCAUCGAUACUUUUUCGGUGCCAGAAACUAUGGAGCUCUUAGAAGCGAACGAAACCCAAAGACCGGUGACGCUGAGAACAAACACUCUGAAAAUUAGGCGACGCGAUUUGGCCGCGCAGCUGAUCAAUCGUGGCGUCAACCUCGAUCCAAUCGGAAAGUGGUCGAAAGUAGGUUUAUUGGUGUACGAUUCGCGCGUUCCGAUCGGGGCGACGCCAGAGUACAUGGCUGGAAUGUACAUGCUCCAGUCCGCAUCCUCGUUUUUACCGUGUAUGGCUCUCUCGCCGCAAGAAGGCGAACGCGUUUUAGAUGUUGCGGCCGCGCCUGGCGGGAAAACGACGUAUCUGGCGGCGUUGAUGCGAAAUACCGGGAUUAUUUUCGCCAACGAAUUUCAAAAGAAACGAUUGAAUAGUCUCGUCGCGAAUUUACAAAGAAUGGGGUGCACGAAUUCCGUCGUGUGUAACUACGACGGUCGACAGUUACCGAAAGUUCUCGGUUAUGUCGACAGAGUGUUGUUAGACGCUCCGUGUUCUGGUACCGGCGUCAUCGCGAAAGAUUCGAGCGUGAAGGUUUCAAAAUCCACCGAGGACAUUGCCAAGUGCGCGCAUUUACAAAAGGAACUCCUCGUUGCCGCGGUGGAUUGCUGCGAUGCAAACUCAAAAUCGGGCGGCUACGUCGUCUAUUCCACCUGCUCUGUCACCGUUGAAGAAAACGAGCAAGUCGUGGAUUACAUAUUAAAGAAGAGAGACGUGAAAAUCGUGUCCACUGGAUUAGAGUUUGGUCGGAAAGGUUUUACGAGUUACCGAGGGAAGACGUUUCAUCCCUCCGUGAGCGAAUGCCGUCGAUUUUAUCCUCACGUUCACAACAUGGACGGUUUCUUCGUCUGUAAGUUGCAAAAGAUGAGCAAUCGCACGACCUCAAUAAUCACGACGACGACGUCAAUGGCUUCUAAUAAUAGUUCAAAAAACACCCGCGUUGAGAAAAAAAUAGCUUCUUCUUCGGAUGAAGAAGAAGGUGAUAUAGAGGAGGAGGAGGAGGAGGAGAACAACGACGUGAAAAAGAAAAAGAAGAAGAAAGAGAAGAGUUGGGUAAAACGCGCGAAGCGAGAAUUAGGAGUCGUUUAA